AUGAUUGAAAAUAUUGAAACGGAAAGAUUAGUUUUAAGGGAUAUGAAAUUAGAAGAUAAAUAUGACAUUUUUGAAUAUAGGUCAGAUGGUGAAACUAAUAAAUACCAAAGUUGGAUUCCAAAAACUAUAGAUGAUGUUCAAGAAUUUAUUAAACGAAAUCCAAAUGAAUUUAAUAAACCUGAUACUUGGUAUCAAAUACUAAUUAUAUGUAAAGAUAAUAAUUGUAUAAUUGGUGAUAUAGGUAUUCAUUUUAUUGAUAUCGGUAAUAAUAAACAAGUUGAGAUUGGUAUAACAUUAAAUAAAAAAUAUCAAAAAAGAGGCUAUGCAAUUGAAUCGUUAAAUGGAAUAAUUCAAUACCUUUUUAAAACAUUAAAUAAACAUAGAAUUACUGCAUCUGUUGAUCUAAAUAAUACAAAUUCAAUAAAGCUAUUUGAACAAUUACAUUUCAGAAAAGAAGCUCAUUUUAAAAAAAGUUUAUUUAUUAACAAUGAAUGGGUAGAUGAUAUUAUCUAUGCAUUACUUUCUGAAGAAUGGUUAAAAUAA